CGGUCGUGUCUUGGUAGGGUUGCUGCAGUAAAUACGGACAUUAAUUCAGGUGGUUUUUUGGGUUGCUGCAAUCCAGAGGGCACUUUAACACAACCACUAGACGUCAACGAGCCAGCAAAGCGUGGCGAUGAUCGGUGAUCGUAUGAGUUGUUUGCAGCUGGCGGGACUACUGGUUGUGGGAUUGCUCACAACGGCGGGUCAAAGCGUUUUGGCAUUAGAACUGGGCCAAAGUUGCGUCAACCCAGCAGGACAACCUGGAAAGUGUAUCCUAUUCCGAGAAUGCCAACCGCUUCUCACUAUCUAUAAUAAGCCGGUCAACACGCCAGACGACACGCAGUUCUUAACGGAAAGCCGCUGUGGUGUAUUUCAACGCAAAACGCUGGUAUGCUGCGCCGGCGUUAAAGAGAAGGAGGAAACAACGCUUCCCGAGCCACCGAACUGCGGUAUCCAGCUGUCGGACCGUUUGAUUGGAGGACAGCCCACAAAGAUCGAUGAAUUUCCGUGGACGGCGCUGAUCGAAUAUCAGAAGCCGAACGGUCAAUUCGGAUUCCAUUGCGGAGGUUCUAUCAUCAACGAACGCUACGUCCUAACUGCUGGCCAUUGCAUUAACGCGAUUCCUAAAACUUGGAAGCCAUACCGUGUGCGCCUAGGCGAAUGGGAUCUUGCAUCGGCCAACGAUAAAGAGGAUGACUUCAGCUCCAACGCCCCGAUCGAUCUGGAUAUCGAGAAGAUCAUCGUGCAUGCUGACUACGAUCCGCGUGACAAGAGCAACGUGAACGAUAUCGCGUUGAUUCGAUUCACCCGGACGGUCCAUUACUCCGAGACGAUCCGACCGAUUUGUCUGCCGCUUGCGGACUCGGUUCGCAAUCGUAAUCAUGCCGGAACGUCCAGCUACGCUGCCGGAUGGGGGAAAACGGAAACAGCCACGGCAAGUGAAAAGAAGCUGAAGGUGGAGCUAACCAUCAAAAGCUUGCAAGAGUGCUCUCCGGUGUACCAACGCAGCGGAAUCAAACUAACACAGGGCCAAAUGUGCGCCGGAGGAGUUCGAGACAAGGACACGUGCAGUGGCGACUCGGGUGGACCGUUGAUGCGGCAGCUUGCCGGAACAUGGUAUCUGGUUGGCGUGGUUAGUUUUGGACCGAAAAAAUGCGGCACCGCCGGAGUCCCAGGAGUUUACACGAAUGUGGCCGAGUAUGUUGAUUGGAUUCGUAAUAACGUUUACUGAAAGAAUCGACGUUUGUUCGAAGCACACAAAAUCAACUAGAACCAUGUGAUGUAAUAAGUGCCCUAAUUUUUGAACAAAACAACAUAUGGUAAAAUUGAAUAAAA